AUGUCCCGCAAGAAGGCCCUCCUGAUCGGCAUCAACUACACCGGUUCCAAGCACCAGCUAAACGGCUGCAUAAAUGAUGCCAUGAACGUGCGCGAAUACCUGGUUCGCGAACGUGGUUUCUCCCCAGACCCGCGAGAAAUGGUUAUCUUGACCGAUGCGCCGCAGAAUCGCGGCACGCCAUUCUUCCCCACGGGCGCCAAUAUGCUGGCUGCCUUUCGGUGGCUGGUUACGGGCAAUAAUCCGGGCGACUCGGUGUGGUUGUCGUAUUCGGGCCAUGGGAGCCAAGUGCGAGAUCCGGAUGGGGAUCGAGAUUCUGGCUUCGAUGACACUAUCUGUCCCGUUGACUUCGAACAGAAUGGACAGAUUACGAGCGACACGCUACACAAAGUGAUCGUCUCCCCCAUGAACCCGCGAUGCCGCUUAACGAUCCUCUUCGACUGCUGCCACUCCGGCUCAGCAGUGGAACUGCCCUACGUGUUCAAGCCCGACGCCGAGGGCCGGGUGAACAUGAUGGGCAACGUCAAAGAGGGUCUGUCGCUAGCUAGGGAGGCAUCGGGUCUGCUCCACGGCGGAUUCUCCAUUGACAAGGUCCACGAUGUCGAGGCGCUGAUUGGGCGCGGAACGUCCCUGCUGCGUAAAUUCCAGCACCCGGAUGCGCCCUCUGAUGAGAAUGGACUCGCGGAUGAGAAUUUCGUCGAGGAUUGGCGUAAUGAGGGCAAGGAUGUGUGGAUGUUUAGUGGGUGUGCGGAUGAUCAGACAUCGGCCGAUACGAGUAUGCAGGGUCUUGCGACAGGCGCAAUGUCGUGGGCUUUCAUCCACACCAUGAGGGCCCAUCCGCGCCAGAGUUAUGUGCAGGUCCUGCAAAAUACUAGGAAUCUGCUGCAGUCUAAGUACUCGCAGGUUCCUCAGCUAUCUAUUGGUGGGACGCUCAAAGGCCACUUUGAUUCCUUCAACGUUGUACCGUCGGCUGAGGAACGCAUUGUGUGGGUUGUGUCACAACAGCACUCAAGCUUGACCAUUGCAUAUCAAGAUGAACCCCACGAGAAAGUCGCUCACAUCGUUUGGAAUCUUGAUAGCCAGUCUCCUAGGGGCGAGAACUUUGCGAAGCAAAUAGGGAAGUGA